AUAUAUAUGGAGACCUCAGAUCAACGGAAGCUUCAGUCACCAUGAGGACGUCGCAGAAACGGCAAGUGUGCAUCCUUCUACCAAACAAGCAGCACCUGGACUGUAAUGUCAGGGUGAGAGCCAGAGGCCAGGAGGUGUUGGACAGGGUGUUGAAGCAGCUCGGCGUCAGUGAACUCCAGGUUCUUGGUCUGGCUGUUCUCAGAGAUAAUGAAUACCUCUUUGUUGAUCUGGAGCAAAAGCUUAGCAAAUACUUUGGCAAAACAUGGAAGAAAGGAUCCUUAAUGGUCCCAUUCAUCUUGUUUCUGAGGGUGCAGUAUUAUGUAGAGAGCGGGCUACUGAUAAUGAGCAGCAAGGUGCAGCAGCUCUACUACGCUGAGCUGAGACAGAAGGUGCUGAAUUCAAAGAGCCGUCACCAGGAAGCCUUGUUCUUCCAGCUGGCAGCGUCUGCACUGCAGGCUGAGGUUGGAGAUCUGGAGCCGAGAGCAGAGGAGGAGGGUGAAGAGGACAAAAGACGAGACAAAAAACACGGACUUUACUUUCUUCCUGAGGAUUACUUUCCCUCAUGGCUGAUAAAACGUCGUGGACGGGACUUCCUGCUCCAGCACUGCCCGGGGUUACACGCUGAGCUUAGAGGUUUGACAUGCAGCCAAGCCAUCCUGCAGUUCAUAAAAGAGGCCGGGAACGUGCAAGAUGGAGCAAUCACCUUCUACAGGAUUAGACAGGAGAAAAAGGAGCUGAGAAGUGUAAUCCUUCUUGGUGUGGCAUCGAAAGGAAUGCAUAUUUAUCAGGAGGUGGAAGGAAAGCUGUGCCUAUUGUAUGAUUUUACCUGGACCAACAUUGAUCGCCUCACUUUCCAGGGCAGCAGGUUUGAGAUCUCCGCAGUGGGCUCUCUGUGCCUCCCUCAGCUGGUGUAUUACACUGCUUCAGCCUUCAACUCUAAACACAUCCUGACUCACCUUAGAGACAGUCACCGGCUCCACAUCAACUCCAGGUCUGCAGUCAGCUACAUCCAACAGCUUGAGGAAAUGCAGGCAAGUCACGUGUACAAAGAGGCCUACAUCUGUGACACAACACGCCUAGCACAAAGACUCCAGACCAACAGCCUCUCAUCCUCCAUGUCCGACUGUAGUGUUGCAAUCCAAACAACCACAGCCUGGUCCGAAGAGGAGUGUGAGGAAGAACAAGUCACAGAGUUUGAGCUGUGUGUGGACGAACCAGAGGAGCUAUUUGUCGAUGACCCAGCCGAGGUGUUGUGGAUGGUUGAGCUGGCAGUCGAUAAACCUUUGAUGUUCCCCUCUUCUUAUUGGACAGCUGUCGCCAUGGAAAUGAAACAGGUUCUGAGGAGGAGAGCAGAUGAAGGGGUUUCUGUGGACUAAUAUACAAGCAUGCAAGAGGCUAAAGGGGUUCAUUACAAGCUGAGAACAAGCCCCCAAACUUCACUUCUCUGAUACUCCCAUUGUAUUAUUAGCAAUCAUCAGUGGUGGAGGAAGUAUUCAG